UCCUCCAAAGGCAUUGUACGAUACCAUCGUCUCUUUCUCUCUAAGAGGAAAAAAAGCCCUAAUUUUCUCUCUCCACCGUCUGGUUUUUCCUUCCGAUGCUUAAUCUCGGAUUGGUCAUUUGCAGAUCCAGUUGUUCCGGUUUCAGGUGAAAAAGUAUUGAUGAGUUUGGUGAAUGAUUAUCGUGCAGAUGAAUAAGACAUCUGCUCCUUCGUCAAGGGAGCAUGCCCAAUCCAUACUCGAUAAGACUGUCGAGUUGGAAAGUAAGCGUCGGAAGGCUGCCCAGGCUCGACUUCCAUCUGAUCCAAAUGUGUGGCAGCAAAUUCGUGAGAAUUAUGAAGCAAUAAUUCUUAAGGAUCAUACUUUUUCUGAGCAGCAAAACAUCGAGUAUACUUUAUGGCAGUUGCAUUACAAAAGAAUUGAAGAGUUUAGGGCACACUUCAAUCUCUUGUCUUCUAGCAGUUCAAAUUCACCCCAAAAUGUCAAAGCCCCCAUCAGACCUGACCGAACUGCAAAGCUCAGACUACAGUUUAAAACAUUCCUAUCAGAAGCAACUGGCUUUUACCAUGAUCUGAUUUUAAAAAUUAGAUCAAAAUAUGGUCUCCCCUUGGGGUAUUUCUCUGAGGAUCUAGAGAAGUCAGCAGAAGUUACGAAAGCAUUGGUGUCUUGCCACCGGUCCUUAAUAUACCUGGGUGACCUUGCCCGGUAUAAAGGACUAUACGGGGAGGGGGAUUCUAAGCACCGAGAGUAUGCUGCAGCUUCAAGUUACUAUUUGCAAGCUGCUUCCUUAUUGCCAGCCAGUGGAAACCCACAUCAUCAGCUUGCUAUAAUAGCCUCUUAUUCAGGGGAUGAGUUGGCUGCUAUAUAUCGUUAUUUCCGGAGUUUGGCCUUGGAGAGCCCCUUCCCUACUGCCCGUGAUAACUUGAUUGUUGCAUUUGAAAAGAAUCGUCAGAAUUACACUCAGCUGCUUAUGACGGUUGAGGAUUCAUUUAGGAAGCUGAAUGGAAAAGGAAGAAGCAAAAGGGAAGAUCUUUCAUUGAAAGAUGCAAACUUGGUAGAUGGUCCUGAGAAGGAUAAAGUACCCAAUCCAAAUGAGAUGCUCAAAACAUUUUGCACUAGAUUUGUCCGCCUUAACGGGAUUCUUUUCACUUGUACAAGCCUGGAGAUGUUCUCCGAAGUUCUUGACUCCACUAUCAGCAGUUUACAAGAGCUGCUUUCUUCAGGCCCAGAGGAGGAGUUUAAUAUUGGUGCAGAUGCCACGGACAAUGCACGUUUCAUUGUUAGACUUGUGGCAAUUCUGGUAUUCAGUGUUCAUAAUUCAAAGAAAGAAACAGAAGGUCAGACAUAUGCAGAAAUUGUGCAGCGUGCUGUGCUUUCCAAAAAUGCAUUAACAGCAAGUUUUGAGUUACUUGGACGAGUAAUAGACCGAUGUGCACAGCUUCGUGAUCCUCCAUCAAGUUACUUCUUGCCUGGUGUCCUAGUCUUUGUUGAAUGGCUGGCCUGUUACCCUGAAAUUGUUGUGGCCAGUGAUCCAGAUGAGACAGAGAAUGUUGUUCGGUCUAACUUUUGGAACCAGUGUGUUACCUUUUUUAACCGAAUAUUGUCACUUGGGCCAAUGUUCAUCGAUGAAGAUGAUGAAGAUGAGACUUGCUUUUCAAACAUGAGCAAAUAUGAUGAAAGGGAAACUGAAAACAGACUUGCUUUGUUGGAGGACUAUGAACUAAGAGGAUUCUUGCCAUUGCUUCCUGCUCAUACCAUUCUUGACUUUUCCAGGAAUCAUUCCUUUGGAAGUGAAGGCCCCAAAGAAAAGAAAGCCCGUAUCAGGAGAAUUCUGGCAGCAGGAAAAGCUUUGGCCAGUGUGAUAAAAAUAGAUCAGAAUUCUGUGUAUUUUGACUCAAGGAAGAAGAAAUUUUUGGUUGGUGUAAAACCAUCAGAUGAUUUCUUGCUAGAUUCUCAUUCACAUCCACCAGAAGCCAAUAACACACUGCAAGAUAAUCAUGUGAUCAUGGAUCUGAAUUUUUCAAAGAUGCAACAAGAUCAACAGCCUUAUCUGGACGAGGAUGAUGAUGAUGAAGUGAUUGUUUUCAAGCCUAUGGCUUCUGAGAAGAGAAUAGGAGCUCCUGAUCAGAUAUAUGCGCCAAAUGGGGGCAUAAGAAAACCUGGCCAAUGUGCUUCUGUGGAGGAUCUGAAAUCUUUGGGUAGCUCUUGCUCAGUUUCUCAUGACAAUCUUCCAUUACAAGCCAAUGUCGGCCCGAGUUUUCAGUUACCUGUAUCUGUUGUUGGGUCUAACCUUCUGGCACAUCUUCAGCCGACUCAGACGCAGGCUCGGCAUCUUCAACAGUCUCAAGCACAAUUCAUGCAUCAAGAACCAGUACAAUCUCUGGUCGCUCACCUUAAAUCAACCCAAUCACAGAUUGCACACCUUCCACCAGCCCAGUUACAGGCUUCUACAUGGUUACCGGAAGAAGCUGCCUGUAGCCUAACAAGGUUAAAUCUUAUGGGUAAUGGUCAUGUGAUGAGGAAUGAGAUGCAAGGAAAUCAAGGCAUUUCCUAUUACCCAACCCAUUCAUUACCCAUUCACCAGUCCUUUAAUGUCAGUGGUAUAGGUGGUGUGCCAUAUCCUCAAUCACGGGCUCCUGAAGCUUCGUUGGCACCCAAAGUUGAUGUUGUUUCAUCUUCUGGGAUUACUGCUGAUUGCAUGGGCGUUCAAACUUCUCUAACAAGGAAAAGUCCAAUCAGUAGACCUAUUAGGCAUCUUGGGCCCCCGCCUGGUUUCAACCCAAUCCCUUCUAAGGCACCUAAGGAGUCGAUAUCUAGUUCAGAUCUGUCUGGUAGUAAUCCACUUGUUGAUGAUUAUAGCUGGUUGGACGGAUAUCAACCUCAAUCUGCCCGAGGUGUUGGGCUCAGUAAUUCUUUAAAUUACUCUUCUCCUGGGAAAGCUGAAUAUAUGAGUGCCAGCAAUGGCAUGAACGGAAUGGUCAAUUUCCCCUUCCCUGGAAAACAAGUUCCAACAUCGCAGGUCCAAGCAGAUAUUCAGAAAGGGUGGCAGACUUAUCAGCAACUUCAGCAACAGCAGCAUGUGAAUGGAAACCAGCAAUCAGCUCAGCUCCCUGAGCAAUAUCAAGGGCAGUCAAGCUUGCCAGGUCGUUACUUUGUGUGAAAUCAGUAAAGAGUAACAUGGUCAUUGGGAAUGAUUUUAGUGAAUGUUUCGCAAUGGUUUGCUACCAAACUCCAACUCUGAGCCUUAUUCUGCUGAUGAAGUAUCUGUGGCAUGGCUUCUUGCGGGGGUACUUGCUACUGGAAGGACCCAGGACAGCGAAUGUUGGUGGAAGAGAUAGUGGUAACAAGACACAUGUAUGGUCUCUGCGGAAUUCAUAGGAGUAAAAUCGCCUUCUCCAUGGGGGAGAUAUUAGACCGUGUCAGUAAAACCAGGGUCAUACCUCGUUGGCCAUUUAUGGCACCGCUCGAUGUCCCAAGCAGUGAAAUCCUCUCUAUCCUCUUCUGAAAUGUCAAAAAAAGAAACAAAUCUAGCUCUCUCGGUUUGCUUUCCAGUGAUAUCAUAUUUCUUCAGCUGGUACCUUUAUGGUAUGAUAUCAUCACUGUUGACUGCAUAUAGUUGCAGCUCGUAACCCAUAUAUGGGUUAAAAGCAGCAGUAAGGGAACUUGGUCUCGUCAUUGUUUUGGGUUUAAAGAGUGGUAUUGGUGUUGAAGCUCUCAGGUUGAUGAAUAGAAGGGGAAACCUUGUGGUACAUAGGCCUCCGUGUGUCCAAGUGUGGUUUGGUCUUUCUGGAUUUUACAUUUUACUAGGAAUGUUUGUUGAUGAAAUGGAUGUCUACUUCAUAUUUGCAUCUC